CAAAGAAGCAUUUAUAAGCAUGUUUUAGUUUUGGUGCUUUGACUUAUGUACGAAUAUUUACUCAUCUUCCAAUGCUUGGUGAACUGGUGAUUUAAUGGCGUUUCCCGAGACCAUUCAAACAUCGGCUGCACCUUCAACGCCGCCCCAUGGCUUGGAAAACAAUCAGAAUCAAGCGUCUCAGAGGUCCAAUCACGUGAGCUCCGUGCUGCUCUAUGGCAUACCAAUUGUCUCCUUGUAUAUUGAAGGGCAGGAGCGCCUCUGCUUAGCACAAAUAUCUAAUACGCUACUGAAGCAGUUCAGCUACAAUGAAAUACACAAUCGGCGGGUUGCCCUCGGCAUCACCUGCGUCCAGUGCACCCCUGUUCAGUUAGAGAUCCUACGGAGAGCCGGUGCAAUGCCAGUUAGCUCACGGCGCUGUGGCAUGAUCACCCGGAGAGAGGCGGAAAGGCUUUGUAAGAGUUUCUUGGGGGACAACUCACCGCCCCGAUUGCCGGACGACUUUGCCUUUAGUGUACAGCACAAGUGUGCUUGGGGAUGUCGUGGUUCGUUCCUGCCGUCCCGCUAUAAUUCCUCCCGGGCCAAAUGCAUCAAGUGCAGUUACUGCGGCAUGUUUUUCUCGCCCAACAAGUUCAUAUUUCAUUCGCAUCGUAUUACCACCAACGAUAGGUACGUGCAGCCCGACGCUGCCAAUUUUAAUUCUUGGCGACGGCAUAUGACAUUGAAUGGGAACGCCCAGGACGAGAAAAUCAUUCACGCCUGGGAAGAUGUUAAGGCCAUGUUUAACGGCGGAACAAGAAAACGACUCGUAAGCAGCAGCAGCAGGAAUACGACCCACAACACUUCCUCGCCAACGUCCUCAACGUCGGGAAUGGUGACAAUGGGGACAGAGAGCUCGUGUAGCUCUCCAGUGAAUUGUGAAUCCGAUGGCAAGCUUAAAUCGAUUUGCGAAGAUCGUUCCGUGUCCUUAGAUCAACAAUACAAUUACAGUACAGUAGCCGCUGCAGCCACUGUAGUGGGAGUGACGGCUGUGGCUGCUGCCACCGUAGGAGUCCCAUUUAAUUUGCACCGCUCAUCUGUUUUGUCGCCCUUACAAUCAUUACGCAACGAACACGAUCUAUCCAUAAUGCCGCUUUCCCGUAAUUUUGUUGUCGAUUACAUGUGGCAACAGCAGCAGCAGCAUCAGAAGCACUCUAAAAAAACCUGCGGCGAAGCAUCAGCUCUCGGCUUCGAUGGCUGUCCCAUGUCUUGGGUCCGGUCGGAAGCGAAUGGACCACGCACGCCGACGCCGACGGCAACGACCACGCAGCAUCAGAACCAGUCAUCACCGGUCGUCAACAUAAAGAGCGAACCCCAUUUGGGUAUGUACAGUAAGGGACGCAAAUUUCCGGACUCCACGAAGAGCAGUGAGCUAUCGCUGUCGGACUACAACAUCCCAUCCAUAUUGAGUUGCUCGGCCUUCAAGCCAGUUGUUGCUUCGGCGGCAAUUGUUUCUACGUCAUUGUACACGCGCUCUUGUGACUCCAGCUCCAACACCAAUGUGUACAUUACCCCUGGACAGGCGACAAGAACAACAGGGGUUUUGACUCACAAUAGCAUUACAACUGCAUCGCAUCAUUUACCGUUGCCAUUAGGAACAGUGGCUGCAACUGGAACAGAGACUGCUUUUACACAAAUACUUGACACAUUGCCAAGCGGCACAGAAAGUGAGCAAUUGGACUUUCCAUCUCUGGAAUCUGUAUCAACGCACGUUAGAAAAAAUUCUGAUAGGUCGAUAUCAACAGAGAUGGGUCAGGAUAAUGCAAACUCAUUCGACACCGACAGGAGUAGUGAUGCUGAAACCAAGGCAGUAAACGAUGAUGAUGAUGAAGAUGACGAAAUGGUAGACAUCGAGACCACCGAAGAUGAGGCACAAGUGGCAAAUUUAAAAGAACAAUUGCCGACUUGUCUCAUUCGUUCCAGUCAUUCCAUAUCUCCUGCUCACUUGCAGUCAUCGGCCAACUCCGAUGCAGAUGCGGAUGUGGAUGUAGAUGUAGAUGUGGACGGCCUUACAACAGAUGCAGAAGAUCAAUUUGACCUUACAACAAAUAUUUGCUCAUAUGACAAUAACAGCCGUUCCAGCACCCAAUUUUACAAUGAUAAGAUGACGGGAAGUCUUAUGAGCACCCAAAACGAAAUGGGCCAGGAUGAAUCUAAAGGAAAAGAGGAGGCAGCAGACGAGAGUGGACAAUUGAAGAAUAUGGCUCGACGCAAAGGCCUGGGCCAAAAGGAGCGAGAACGGAAAAUAUCGAAGAAAGCUGCAUCUAAAUUUAUGAAUGAAAAAUUAGUUUCAAAGUCCCUGUCUAUAAAAGCCGCACAACCAGGACUACAUAUACAGCAAAGUGUCACCUUUCCAGUGUUUCUUAAAACGCAAGUUAAUUCUCUCCGUCAUCAGCACGCCCGACAAGCAACUUUGAGCCAGAGCACACUUGCCGACUCCUCCAAUAAAUGGAGCUAUCCACUGGGAAGUAUUAGGCAAUUUUAUUGUUACGAAGCAACCUCGAAGGCGAAUGAGAAUUGUAUUGAUUUUAAGCAAACAUAAACUGAUAAUGCAAAAAUAUAUAAGUUCUUUCA